AUGAUAAGAUUGCACACUGGACCUUGGAAAGCAACCCUACCCACCCGACCCGAAAAGAAUGCCCGUCCGUGUGCUAUAUUCCUAGCUCCAAUCUUGAAGAGUUCGUCGCCCCGAAAGGCUUUGAGGUUCGACUGCUGUCCCCGUGCUUGGUCUAUCUUCGUCUCUGCAAAGCGCGAACAGAUCUUGUUAAACCUCGAGUCUCUCAGCGGCGGAACAAUUGAAAUGAAAUGCUAUGGUUUCAUGGCUGAUCGUAAUUCGGCUGUAGCCAAACCCAUAUGGAUGAAGCAAGCUGAGGAGGCAAAGUUGAAGAGCGAGGCUGAAAAGGCUGCCGCAGCGAAGGCGGCAUUUGAGGCGACUUUUAAAGACGUUGAGACGAACCGCAAGGAAGAUUUGUCAGAUAGUGAAGGCGAAGAGGAAACGGAGGAUUUAGCCAACAAGCCUAUUGGGCCUGUGGACCCUGCUAAGUGCACGGCUGCGGGCACAGGGAUAGCAGGUGGCACGGCUUGCGCUCCCUCAUCCUUCGUAGUGGUAACGAAAGACGCUGAUGGGCGGAAAGUGCCAACCGGGGGUGCGCAAAUUAAGGUAAAGGUUUCGCCUGGAGUGGGUGUUGGGGGGUCUGAUCAGGAUGGGAUCGUGAAAGAUAUGGGCGAUGGGACGUAUACGGUAACUUAUGUAGUUCCAAAGAGAGGGAAUUAUAUGGUGAAUGUGGAAUGCAAUGGGAAGCCCAUUAUGGGUAGCCCUUUCCCAGUUUUCUUCAGUCAAGGACCAUCUAUAUCUUUAACUUCAUUGAUACUGUAUUACACAUGGAGAUCUACCAACUGGUCUUCAAUCCCUUCCAGCAAUGGAUUAAACCAAGUGGUUGGCACAAGCCAAAUUUGA